AUGCGGCGACUCACGCGCGAUCGCGCCUGUCACUUUGUCGCUAGGAUGCUCGCCGAGCGUGUUCCUCCGUGUAGCACCCUUCGUCGACCAUUGACCUCGUUCGCGUCCGUGGACGAGUGCUUGAGAGAUUUCGUCAAUCACGAACGAAGCGGCGUCCCUCGCGGCGCCGGGACGAACACGACGGACGGAUUCGAUCUCGGUCGCAUGCACAGGCUGUUGAAAGACUUUGGGGAUCCGCACGUCGCGUACACCACCGUGCACGUGAGCGGAACGAAGGGCAAGGGAACGACGCUGUCGGUGCUCGCAAGCGUCUUACGUAGCGCCGGGAAGCGCGUCGGGACGUACAAGAGCCCGCACGUGUACACGGUGGCGGAACGGAUUCGAAGCUCGGAUGAAGACGCAUCGACAGAGGUGCUGAACUUGUUGAACGGGGUCGAGACGGAGAUAAAGGCGGCACAAAAGCGUGAAGAUGGUCAACUAUCGUACUUUGAAGUGCUCACAGCGUUGGCCUUUGCGUACUUCAAGAAGGCCAAAGUCGAUUUAGCUCUCGUCGAGGUCGGCCUUGGGGGGAGUAGGGACGCGACGAACGUUUUACGUCCAGAGAAUUUAGAGGCUGCGGUGAUCACACACAUCGGUGAGGAGCAUCUAGCGGCGCUAGGGGGGUCCAUCGAUACGAUUGUCGAUGCUAAAGCUGGGAUCGCUCACGAGGGGCGACCGGUAUUUUACGCCCCGAACGCGGAUGAUAAAAUUACACAAAUGCUGCGGCGUGCGUUGAAACAACGAGGGGCAAAUAUCAUCGACACCGUGAGCGCUGAUGUGAGGCUUUUUGGGUAUCGCGUGUCAACUUUUGGGCCGUCGCAAGAAGUAGACAUCGAUAUCAGCGUCGACGGCGUGCUCGAGGCGAGGCUCGAAGGAGUUGUCAUACCUCUCGUCGGGCCGCACCAACGCGAAAACGUAGAUCUUGCGGUUCGUGUUUUAUGGUGGCUUCGUGGGCAGGGUAAAAUUGACGUGUCGUUAGAGGACAUUCGAACAGGUUUGGAAUCAACUCGCAGUCCCGGAAACUUUGAAAUGUUCGAUGUGGACGGUAUGAGUGUGAUCGCAGAUGGUGCACACACCAAAGCCUCGGCCGAAAUGCUCGUGAAAACGCUCGGAGAGAUCUUUCCGCGCCGUAAAGUGGUAUUCGUCGUAGGUAUGGCGGACGAUAAGGAUCACAAGGGUUUUCUUGAGGAGCUGUACAAGUCAAAUCCUCUCGCUGUCAUCUGUACACAAAUGCAAGUCGCUGGCGGAUCAUCUAGAACGACUCCGGCGAAAGACCUCGCGACUGCAUUGCAAGGAGGGCAUCAAAAUUACGAUCCGCCGCCCGAAAUUGUAGCCGAAUUUGACGAGGCGUUGGAGGUCGCGUUGGCGGGUGCGAAGGAUGACCCCGACGCGGUUGUCGUCGUGACCGGAUCGCUAUACACGUUCAGAGCCAUGCGGAACAUACUAGAGGCGCAAUAG